AUGCAGGAGCAGCAAGAGCGAGAGGAGCUCUCCCGGCGCCGUGUAGGCUGGGAGCAGUCGGAGAACGUGACCAGGGACUGCACCAAGGUGUCGGUGACGGAGGCCUUUGGGCGGUCGCCCCAGGACCGAGUGGACGACACGUAUUUGCGGCUGGACCACCAGUUCAACCUCGCCGAAUGCUCCAAAGGUGCAUGCUGGAAAGUUGCGAUGGCCGCCUUGUAA